AUAGAGCGCACAAACAGGAAGUUGUUGUCAAGUGUCAGUAGCGCAAAUCUUCUCCUACACAGAAAGAUGUCUGUGGUUUUCUCCCAGUAAAACCCGGGGACACUUCAAAAUAACUCUGGAGGAGGCCGUCGCACUGUUGGAACUUUAUCUGGUUGUGAUGAUCAUUUCUUUUUCUUGGGCCAUUUACUUUAUAUUCGUGUCGAAGCCGUUGUUUGGGAAGAACUAGCUAGCGGCUAACGUUAGCCAUGGGUCGAUGACACACACACUGCAGCAGCAGCAGGGGAAGAAGAGUUGACUGACGGUGUCUCUCUGCCCUGGUGGAGGGCUGAAGGGGCCGUGAUGGAUUUCUCCAAGUUCCUGGACGAGGACUUCGAUGUGAAGGACUGGGUGAACGGAGCCUUCACGGUGGUGCAGAAGGACGCGCCGGGGAAAGCGGACACACACGCAGCCACACUGGUCAUGAAGCUGCAACUGUUCAUCCAGGAGGUCAACAACGCCAUCGAGGAGAGCAGUCAUCAGGCCCUCCAGAAUAUGCCCAGAGUGCUGCGGGAUGUGGAGGCUGUGAAACAGGAGGCUUCUUUCCUCAAGGAGCAAAUGGUCCUGGUCAAAGAGGACAUCAAGAAGUUCGAGCAGGACACUGUGCAGUCGAUGCAGGUUCUGGUGGAGAUAGAUCAGGUGAAGAGCCGCAUGCAGCUGGCAGCUGAGGCUCUGCAGGAGGCAGACAAAUGGAGCACACUGAGUGCAGACAUCGAGGAGACCUUCAAAACACAGGACUUUGCAGUGAUCUCCUCCAAACUGACCAGCAUGCAGAACAGCCUGGCCAUGCUGGUGGACACGCCAGACUUCUCUGAAAAGUGCGUCCACCUGGAGGCGCUGAAGAACAGGCUGGAGGCUCUGGCCAGCCCACAAAUAGUAGCGACUUUUAACUCCAUGUCUAUAGACCAGGCCAAGCUGUUUGUUAAAGUCUUCAGAGAGAUCGACAGAAUGCCACAGCUUCUCGCCUACUACUACAAGUGUCAUAAGGGCCAGUUGGUGAGUAUUUGGCAGGAUAUCUCUCAGAGCGAGCUCGGUCUGAACCAGCAGCUGUCCGAGUUCUAUGACACCUUGCUCUCCACGUGGCACACUCAGCUCCAGUGGAGCAGCCAGGUGUUCAAGAACCCAUAUGAGGUGGUGACGGUGCUGCUGAUCCAGACUCUGGGGGCCAUGGUGCCAUCCAUCGCUGUUUGCCUGAGCACGGCCAUGGAGCGGGAAGCCCAAGAGCAGUGUCUCAACACCCUGCUGGAACUCCAUCAAACUACGUCCACGUUUGGGCACGGCCUGGAGGCCGCCAUGCUUCCACACCUGGGUGAGAAUAACCUGCUGAAGGUGAAUGAGCUGGUCUGUGCGCUGUACGACCCAUAUAAAUCCUAUCAACUGCAGUAUGGAGAUCUGGAGGAAGCGCACCUCCUCAUCCAGAUCAGUGCUGUACCUUUGGAACACGGGGAGGUAAUUGAUUGUGUAGAAGAGUUGACCCACUCUGUCGGCAAGUUGUUCGGCCUGGCCAGUGCUGCUGUGGACCGCUGUGUCAAACUGACGGACGGCCUGGCCGUGUGUGGCCUCCUCAAAGCUCUCAAAGCCCUUUUUACCAAGUAUGUGUCUGACUUCUCCACAACGCUGCAGUCAAUCAGGAAAAAGUGUAAACUGGAGGAUACGCCAAGUUCAUCGGUUUUCCAGGAGGAUUGGACGGCCUUCCAGAACUCAGUCAGGAUUAUUGCCACUUGUGGGGAGUUACUUCGACAGUGUGGAGCGUUUGAGCAGCAGCUGUCAAACAAAAUCCUGGGUUCGGCAGGUAAGUACUUGUCGGAGUCUUACAGCCCCCGCAGUCUGGCAGGCAUCCAGGAGGUCAGCUCCACAGAGAGGAAGAGCGCCACCAAGAACCCCUGGCAGGAGUACAACUACCUUCAGAGGGGCAAUCUGGCUGAAUAUAACAGCCUGAUGGAAGUCCUCUUCUCAUUAAAGGAGAAGGGCACAGGUAACUCCAGCCUGUUGGCCAAGCCCAGAACAGCACUGACCAGACUCAACCAACAGGCCAACCAGCUGGCGUUCGACUCCGUCUUCCUGCAGAUCAAACACCAGCUCUGCCUCGUCUCCAAGAUGGAGAAUAAAGAAGCUGGCAUCGGAGAGAGCUACACAGAGGACCUGCCCACUUACAGCCUGUCACCGCAAGAAUACAUAACAAAUAUAGGACAGUACCUGAUGUCUCUGCCUCUGCACUUGGAGCCGUUUGUGACCCAGGAGGACCCGGCUUUAGAAAUGGCUUUACACGCUGGGAAGCUGCCGUUCCCUCCAGAACAAGGUGACGACCUUCCCGAGCUGGACAACACAGCAGACUACUGGCUUGGCUCCAUUGCCCGGGCAACCAUGCAGACUUACUGUGACGCCAUCCUGCUCAUCCCGCAACUCGGCACCCAUUCCACGAAACAGCUGGCCACAGAUAUCGACUAUCUGAGCAACGUGAUGGACGCUCUGGGCCUGCAGCCCUCCCGCUCCCUGCAGCACAUCGUCACCCUGCUGAGGGCCAAACCAGAGAUCUACAGACAAACCGCCAAGUUGCUGCCUCGUCGAGUGGCCUCCACCAUCGCCGCCCUGCGGUGCAUCGACUACUAACAGUAAGGGAGAGGGGGAAGGACUCUGUAGGUAACGUGUAGGUGCAGUGUCAGGGCGGCCCCGGGGGGACUUGUGGAUGUUUGACCUGUUCCUGGAUUGUUUGGGGCUGCAGCAUUUAAGGUUUCUUGUCCUGUUAAGAGAUUAAAAUCCUGGUGGUUUCGUCUUGUUUUCUAUAAAAUACUGAUUCAUCUUCAACUAAGUGUGACUAAGUGACUUCUCACUGGGGAUAAUGCCUUCAACUCAAGUCAAAGAGAAAGUGUCUUGAUUCUAAAUCUUUAGUUUCUGCAUUUAUUUGUUGCUUAGGCGUCUGAGUAAGUAACAAAAUGUUCAUCAGGGAAUGUGUGAGAGCAUUUGAAAUCUAUAUGAACCACAUAUUUGUUUUUCAUUACUUGUCAUACUAAGAUAAUUCAUUUGAUUAUAAUAAAUUAUGUUAAGGUAAUGAUUUUGAUAUGAGCAGCAUUGUUUUCUGUUAAAUGACCUUCACAUUCAGAAGUUGACCUAAAAAGUAAAGGUGGAGGGGAUCUUUCUCUUUUGUUAUAGCCGGGGCUGGAUAAAUGAUAUGAAUGAAUUGAUGAUGUAACAGAUCUAGUUUAAUAAAUGUUUGAUCUUUUUCAUGGUUGGUCAAA